GUGACUUUGUUGAGUGCAAUCCGGCGUGAGCCGGAGCAAACUUCCGACACAAAGCGACCAGUAACUUAAUGGCAAUUCAGCACACACUAAAAUGUGACAUCUACCGUUGAAAGAGAGCUACGAUGACUCCGGUUAUUGUUAUGCUGCUUGUCUGUGCAAUGUUGGUGUCCUGCUCCAACAAUGUCGCGGGGCCCUAUUAUAUGGACAUUCUUCAGUUCGGAAACUGUUUAUCAGAAGAGGUCGGAGACGUUGGUGACGACAUCGUGGUCAACGGGUCCGCACGUCACUAUCGUGGCUUCAAGCACUUCCUGUUUUCAGGAGACAUAACGGUUAAGAAUGGGCUUGGAACGCAAGGCGCCAGUGCACUGACGAGCUACAUAGCUAAAUGGGAUCCUGUCUCUGGCUGGAAAGAAAACUUCGUUGUGCUAAGGAUUGGAGAGUCUUGUCGAGCAGUCGAAACAUAUGUUCCACCGUUUAAGGACUUAAUAUGGAAGUAUUAUCCGGGUGUACCGAUAAGAUGCCCCAUAUCGGAUGGGACGUAUUCAGUGUACAACAUUUCUUCUCACUACGACACUUUCACCUUCUUCCCUGCCGCGUUCUAUGGCCGGUUCCGCUGCAACACGCUAUGGAGAAGUUUGAAGACGCACUCGAAGAAGCCAAUCGCAUGCGUUCGGUGGAUAGUGGAAACUACCGAGAAGGUCGUCACUGGCUGA